AUGCCGGAUCCCGAGGACGCUCAGCUCUAUGAGAGGCAACAGCUCAGCAGAGAUCUCACAAUGAAGACUCUGGUCAACCUCGGCCUCCUCCUGGCUUCCCUCCUGGGUAAAGGCUCCUGCCUAAUCUGCGAGACCUGCAUCAGCCCCGGUGAAGGCUGCACUGGCCUGGCUCAUCCCUGCAGAAUGAAUGAAGACACCUGCCUAACCAUUGUGGGAAUGAACUCUUUGGGUGGUGAUGAUACUACAGAGACCCUCAAGACCUGCAUUGCUGCUGAAGAUUGCUAUUCUGGUUCCAUCAGUGUCACCACCAAUGCCGGGCUCCACCUUCAGAGCAUCUCUAGCUGCUGCCAGGAUGACCUCUGCAACCGUUGGGAACUGACUUUGCCGCCUACGAACCUCACCUCCAACGGAUUGCAGUGUCCAGCUUGUUCCGUCUUCGGUUCCAGCCGCUGCAAGGGGACUGAGAUGCUGAAUUGCACCGGAACAGACAAUCGCUGCAUCAUGGUAUCUGGGACACUGAAUGCCGGUGGUCUUCCCUCUACGUUCACAGCAAGAGGAUGCAGCACAGAGACGGCCUGCUCUUUGCCCCUGGGGACGGCCCUUUACUCAGCAGGAGUGAUCUUCAACCUCGACAAGGUGUCAUGCAGCCCGGCACCGAAAGCCACCGAAAGCCACUAA